CAAAAUUUGAACAUAGAUGAAAACUCUGAAAAUAGUUCUGAUGAAAGCUCCUCUGAUAAAAAUAAUGAACAAUCAAUAAUUAAUAAAAUCAAAAAGGACUUACAACAUGAAGUUGAUAAUAAUACUGAAUUUACUUCACUUUUUGAAGGCUACAAGGAUUAUAAAAUCUUCAAAAAUAUUGUCUAUAAAAUUGAACAACUUGGAAAAUGUAAAGGUGUCAACAAGCAAAGGUUGGAAAUAGCCUACUAUAUUGGUGAACUAAGGACCAAAAACCAACUUAAUAAUAA